UGGUGGAUCCCAUACACAACUCAAUCUCAACCACAAAAACAAACACACAAUCAUUAAUCAGUCAUCAUACAAGAACCAAGAUCGAAUAAACAAUUGCAGCUGAAGGAAAUUAGUCCAAGAAUAUUCAAGCACUGCUAGCUAAGUGAGAAUUUCCAGCUGGGGAGGUGGGAGGUGGGCUAAAAUGAACGAGGUGGUCGGACUUCAAAAACCGUACUUUGUUCUAGUCCAUGGAGUAUGCCAUGGAGCCUGGUGCUGGUACAAGAUCAGGUGUCUCAUGGAAACAUCUGGCUAUAAGGUCACAUGCCUAGACCUUAAAAGUGCUGGUAUUGAUCAGUCCAAUCCCAACACGAUCCUCACUUUUGAUGAGUACAAUGCACCCCUUAUCGACUUCUUGUCGAAUUUGCCACACGAUGAAAAGGUUAUAUUGGUAGGACAUAGUGCAGGAGGUUUGAGCUUGACAGACGCUAUACACAGAUUUCCUAAGAAAAUUCAUCUGGCUAUUUAUGUUGCUGCCAACAUGUUGAAGCAUGGCUUCUCUUCAGAUCAAGAUUUCAAAGAUGGUGACCCUGAUGUAUCUGAGUACGGAGAGAUAGCUGAUUUAGAAUACGGGAUGGGUCUAGAUGAGCCUCCAACUAGUGUUAUAAUAAAGGAGGAGUUCCAGAAACGAAUUCUCUAUCAAAUGAGCCCUAAAGAGGACUCCAUAUUAGCAUCAAUGCUACUGCGAGCAGGGCCUGUCAGGGCAUUCAAAGGUGCUAGAUUUGAGGGAGGAAAGGAUGCUGAUAUUGUUCCACGAGUAUAUAUUAAGACAUUGCACGAUCACAUUCUAAGACCAGUGCAGCAAGAGGCAAUGAUAAAGAGAUGGCAACCUUGUCAAGUUUUUGAAUUGGAGAGUGAUCAUAGCCCUUUUUUCUCUGCCCCAUCUUUGCUUUUCAAUGUAAUAGUCAACGCAGCAGCCACCAUCACUUGUAACUGAUAUUUUAUUGAAACUUCAAUAAAUCUGGACUAUUUAUAGAGCUCAACAAGAGUUUUAAUUGGUAUGAUA